AUGUUAAACAGAUUGAUCAAUCCAUUAAAAACUUAUCAUCAUCAAACAAAACUAAAAUCAAUCACAACAAGAACCUUUAUCCAGCAUCAUCCUACAAAUCAACAACAUUCAUUAAAUUCAAAUCAAAUCAUUCAAGAAAAGAAAAUCUCAUUCGAAUCAAAAUAUCAAUCAAAACUACAAUCAAAAUUAAAACAAACAGGUUUAAAAGAUUUAGAUGAAUUGAAAAAAGUAUCAAAUCAAAAAUUAAAACUUGAAGAAUCAAAUCAAAUUAAACUUCAAGAUGAAUUAUUAAAGAAAUUUAAAAAAUCUAAUCUUACUUUAAAUCAAAAUCAACAUGAUCUUAAAGUUAAUCAAACCAAAUUAAAAUUUAAAGAAAAGAAGUAUAGAUCACCCAUAAAACCGUUAGAUGAUAUCUUAGAUCUUUCAAAAGUCAUAAACCAAUCAUCAGAUACAAUCAAACAAUUAUGGACAGCUUAUCAUUUAAAACCAUCAAGUCCUCCUAGAUUAGGAGCCGUGAUCCCAUUAGAAAUUUAUCAAACCAUGUUAAAAGUGGCUCAAAAGUAUUCUAGUUUUGUGAUUCCGAUUCCUACUUCUUCUACAGAUGAAAUCAAACCCGAUCAAACUCCUCUUCAAAUGCAUUUUCUUCAAUGGUCAUUUCUUCAACCUGAAGCUCAUCUACACCUCACCGAAGAUUUCCAAACCAUCAAAACUCCCGUAUCAAAGAUCUCACCCACAACAGUUUUGUUCACUCCUUUAAUCGAAUAUCAAUUAAAACAAGAAUUUGCACAACCUGGAUUGAUUUUAACCCAUUAUACUGAACUUGCUGAAUCUCAUGGAAUUGUAUUAAUGAGAGGUGAUUUAACUCCUUCUUUAAAUGAUCCAACUAGUUCUGGAAGAAUCGGAACUACUGAAGCUCAAUUACUUAUACUAAGGUUACAACAGUUUUAUUAUUGGUCUAGGAUGAAUGAAAGUUUGAUGAAUGAUUCACAAAACCGGUUACAAAAAGUUAGACAAGAUCUUUUGAGAUGUUUUCAUGAAAAACCUAAUGAAUUUGAUAUAGAAGAACUUAUCAAAUCUAUCAAAGAUAUCUAA